AUGGGCGUUCGGUUUUGUAAGAAUGGCAAUGUUUGUGAAAUCGUGAUAGAAGAUGUUGAGGAAACCACUUUGAGGAAAGGGAAAGAGGAAGAGGAAGAGAAAGUGGAAGAAAAAGUGGAAGAGGAAGAGGAAGAGAAAGUGGAAGAAAAAGUGGAAGAGAAAGAGGAAGAGAAAAAGAAGAAAAAGAAAAAGAAAGAGACUCCACCCCCCCCUCCCCCACCCCCACCCCCACCGCCACCCCCUCCACCUCCACCUCCCCCACCCCCACCACCAAAGAAGCAUCCUGACCAAGAGCAGAAAGCCAUAAAGAUCCAGGCGUGGUGGCGGGGCACCCUGGUGCGCAGGACCUUGCUGCACGCGGCCCUCAGAGCAUGUGUCAUUCAGCACUGGUGGAAGCUGAUGCUGGCAAAGCUGCUGGAGAAGAGAAAGCGAGCAGCCCUCGAGUCCUUCUCGCGGCGAGAAUGGGCAGUGGUCCAGCUGCAGUCCUUGGUCCGCAUGUGGCGCGUCCGCCAGCGUUACUGCCGUUUGCUCCACGCUGUCCGCAUCAUCCAGGUCUACUGGCGCUGGCAUAACUGCCAUUCCCGUGGCUUUUUCCAGGGCACCUACAACCUCACGGCAUCACAGCUGGGUCUUGAACUUGAGAUUUUUUUGGGCUCACAGAUUUGUCGGAUUACGGACUGCAUCCCCUUCCCAAUAAAGAACUGAUCAGGUC